CAGGCGUCGUUUCUGAAUGAAAAGAGGAUUCCGCUAGACCAGUGUGAAACUCAAACCAGUGAAGAUGGACGCGUCAGUGUGUCCGUGUCGCUCUUUCAAGACGAGCUCGCCUCUACCAUCGAGCACGCAGUGAAAGCGGCUCUACACACCGUCUUGUGUGCGAUUACUAAAGCUGUCGGCAGCAAAUUCACUGAAUUCAGAGUGGAAAUUGCUGGAAAGAAGAAAGAGAAUGAAAGUCUGAAGCUGAGAUUGGAAAUAUCAGAGAGCGAGCUGAAAGCUGUGCGAGGGUGUAUAAACGCUACACAUGCAGACAUUAAACAACCUUUAAAAUUUCAAGAUCCCAAAGAGAGCCACGCUAUCCCUGAAUCUGAAGCACAGGAAUGGCCAAAGAUAGAAGCAGCUUACACACAAGAGGAGUCCUUUGAGCAGGAGUGGUGUGCAAGUCUAAUGCAGGUUACAGAGCUGGCAUGUGUUAAAGAUGAAGAGGUCCCUCAACAGGAAUGUGUUCCUAUUAAAGAGGAAUUCAUAGAGCAGGAAUGUGUCCCUAUCGCAGAGGAACUUCCUCACGAAAAUCAUGUCUGUACACUUGAGGAGAACAACAAGCUGGGAUCCAACCUGUGUGAUGACUCUCCAUCUGAAUGUGAACUGGGAUUUAGAGCUUCUAAAGUAGAUGAAGGAGAACACGACUCCACUCUAUCACCCCAGUGCAAAAACUCUUCUAAAGGCAAACCACAGUGCAAGAAACACAGAGAAACAACACCCCAAGAAGAAUAUGUGAAGACAUUGAGAACUCACUCAGUUACAAUCCCUUCCUUACAAGACAGACACCCACUUACUGUGGAGAGUACAGAGACGCCACAUUCUGUGUGUUUUAACAAUUCUGAAACCCAGGGCAACUUGAAGACCUUGCCUCAUUCUAUUAAAGGUGGGAAGAGUUCCUGUCAAUUAGACACUCCUGAAACUCACAAGGGAAAUCCCACAGGAGGGACUACGUUUUCCUUGGCUGAUUGUGGGAAGAGUUUCAAUCAUAUAUCACUGCUUAAAAGACACCAGCACAUUCACAUAGGAGAGAAACCUUAUCACUCUACUGAGUGUGGGAAGAGAUUAAGUAACUUAGGAAACCUUAAAAUCCAUCAGCGCAUUCACACAGGAGAAAAACCUUAUCACUGUGUGUCACAAAGACGGCCGGAGUGGGUGGUGUCAGACCAGAGCCAGGAAAUAAAUAAACAGAGAGAUGUGGUUUGGUGAAGCUGGGCGCGUGAUUGUGCUCAGCAUUUAAUAAACAGCACAGAAAAUAAAAGGUUUGAACACAAAACAAAACAGGACACGGCACUUCACGCCAAAAUAAAGAGACAAACAAAACGGACUAUACAGUGCACGGACAGACACACAAACAAACACGGUGAGUUUUAAAUAAAUAAGUAUUGUGCUGGUCCUACCAGCACGUAAUAGCAAUUGAUAUUUUAAACUUAUUUCUCCUUCUCUCUCUCACCCGUUCUCCACUCUCGAACACCCAACCCUGACUGAAUGAAAAUGUGCAUCUAUAUACACUGUUGUGCUGGGAUUCAAUUACUAAUUAAUUAUUCACUUGAAUCCCAGCACGUGAAUUAAUUCUGUGCAACCCCGUGCUCACAUAUUACAUUUAACCAGCACGUGAAGUGAUUUGUGCCCUCCUCGUGCCUAAAUACAAAUCUACAUUUUUAAAUACACGUGAAACACAGACCCGUUUAUAUCCCGUGUACCAAUCUCUAUACACCAACAUUAACACACGCACGCAACAUACAACACAUAACACACAAUUGCACACAGGGGCGGGGCACAUUGCCACACUGUGCUGUUUGUGGGAAGAGAUUCAGUGACUUAGGAUUCCUUAAAAGGCACCAGCGCAUUCACACAGGAGAGAAACCUUAUCACUGUGCUGUUUGUGGGAAGAGAUUCAGUCAGUUAGGAAACCUUAAAAGACACCAUAACAUUCACACAGAUGUGUAAUCCUGUCCCUGCAUUUAGUGUGAAGAAGUUAAGUCAGUUGCAGGCUCUUACAGGACUUGAGAACAUUCUCAGAAAUGCAGACAUUUGGGGACACCUAAACAACAGGAGUACGUUUGACUAAAUACAGAAAUAUUUACUGAAAACAAAAGAAUAAACUUGCUUGAUAAAUAGGGUCACCCCUAAUCACAAUUUGUUCAGAUCAAAAACUCACAAAAAUCUGUGUUCAUCAUGUUGUUGAGCAUUCUGAUUGUGUUACAUCACAUUAGUAAUAUAUUAAAUAGAUUGUUAUCAUGAG